AUGGCGUUGUGCCUCGUCUCGCUCUGUCUUUCGUCUCUCCUCUCCGUCUUCCUCCGCCGCCGGCGCAGCCACCGAUCCUCUCCUCCAACGGCGCGGUCGUCCUCCGCUGGCACGGUCACCGCCGCCUGCUCCUCUGCCGCCACCGCAAUCUUCUCCUCUGUCUCCACCCCUCCUCUCCUUUUCUCUCUCAGAUCUAGAUCUAAAACGGCGCGGACGCUGGCAUCGCUGUCAACCUGCGCCGAGGUCCCUGAAGAUUUGGUCGCGCACUGCGCCGAGGUCGUCGCCAGGUACGUCGCACUCCAGGAGGCCCCCUCGCGCGCUCGUCUUAUUCCUGCAGGAUCCGUAGUUCUUGCAGCUGCUCAGGUCGGAGUGGCCGCGGCUGUCGUGCUCUGCUUCUGGGAAGAGGUCGCCAACCGCACGCUGCUGGACCAGGGGAAGGAAAUAGACCUUGCAAAGUUGCAGUUGGAAAAAGAGAGGCUGGAAAAAAGGCAGCAAGAAGGUAGGAACCUUCCCCAAUCUUGGCUGUAUGUGCUGGCUACCCUCGUGCUUGAUGCUUUUAACAAGGGCAGAGCUUCAUUCUCAAGACAUGAUUAA